AUGAAAAUGAAAUAUUUUGGACCGAUUUUCGCGUCUUUAGGAAGUUUUGUCCAAGGAAGUCAUUUUAGAGCUGGCUCCGUUACUUUUAUACAGCACCCACAUGAUGAAAAUCUGCUAAUCAUCGAGCGCACACGCGCCUGGAGACAUGAAGCCGCUGGAUAUGGCGGCGACGGAUGCACAAAUCGAGAUAUCCUGGAAAAGAAAGUUUCCGAAGAUAAUGAUGAUGACGCUUUUCUCGUUUUUCGAAACGGCGAGGAAUAUUGCUACAAAGAAUCUGGCGAGAGCUGCGGUUUUCAAAACGCGACUUAUAUUGUCACAGACAUUGAAAACACCCAAGCGCCGAGCAAUAACUACUGCUACGGGUACCAGCGAAAAGUCAUGGCGAAACCAGAUCAGCCAUUCAAGGUGCGCUGGAGUUCAUGCUGCUGGGUUUAUAUGACGACCGACAUGGGCAGCGUCGUCUGGGGGGAUGAAAUCAAGCUCGUCGGCAGCGUCUACGAUUUGAGUAACAACAGCCCCGUCGUGAAGGUCCCUCCCUUGUGGAGAAUCUUACACGGCUGCGAGUCGCAAGAUCUCGAAUUGGCCCCCUUCGAUGCCGACGGCGACACGAUAAGAUGCCGGUGGGCAGACAGCUUACUCGACGAAGUUUCUAUUCCAUCCUCCCACGACGACUUUCGCUUUGGUUCGUUGAUACUUGACUCUGAAACGUGUGUGCUUUCGUUUGACGCAGCUUUGAGUGCGGUUGAUGGAGUCAAGCCUGUCGCGAUCAUGGUGGAAGACUUUGACGAAAAUGGAAAUAUCAAGAGCUCCGUUCCAGUGCACUUCCUCGCUAUCGUCUGGACGCCGGAAGAAGAGUAUGUCGGCAUUGCGGAAGAAGUCACGAUGCGACGAGCUGGCAGCAAUAAGAAUCGAACCUUUACAUUCCCGGAUCUCUUUGGCGCUGAAGCUCAUGACGAGCACAAUCAUGAUCCCUCAUUCUUGCCUCCUUUAUCCGUCCAUCCACAACCUUCAAGCAGCCAAAACAGCAUGGAAAGAGUUCUUGGAGCUUACGCCCCCGUUCUUGCUCCAGACUACUGUCUGACUGUUCCUGAGCUGUCUUACAGAAGACUGAAUGAAGUACCAGAAAGAUGGUACACCGACUCGUACCGAGAACUCAUCGUCGAUGAUACGAUUCAAGGAUCGAAAUGGAUUGCGAUGAGAGCAACGACGGACAACGGCUACAUCGUCCGAUACAUAACCGUAAAACCAGUCGGGAUGAAAUGCACCUCGAUCAAUGCCAAGGGCAAUGCUGCUUGCUACUGGGACCCAGAAGACCACCAAGUGGGGCCACAUGUUUUCUGCUUCCAGGCAGAAGACUCGAUGGGAAUGAUGAGCGAGCGAAAGUGUAUUUACUUGAUCCCAAAGCACAGACCGCAAGUGAUUGAUACAGAAACAAUGGUUGAGCAUUUCAUGCCCGGAACAGCGGAAAUUUUGAAGAAUUACGGCUGCGCUCAAGUUGACGAAUUUGAUCAUCGAACAACUGCCGCUGGAAUUCCUCUGGAUUCUGUCGACCAGGCACUUCAUGAGUGGAGAUUAUGUGUUAAAUGUGCUAUUAGAACAAUCGGAGGAAUACGAAGCUUUUACAACUAUCACGAAGUACAGAACUUUUGCGAGGACGCGGAGGGAACUUUAAAACGAGCAGUUUGUGAGUGCGAUAAAUCCCUAGCGAUCAAAAUUACAAAGCUAGAACUGAUGAACGAAUUGACUGACUAUGAUCAUUCACAGUGUUUGCCAUUUGGACACCAUGAAACAACAGGACAGUGUUGUUUGGACGAUUCGGGCCUGUUUUACUGGAAACCAAAGUGGCAAACUUGCUCUGCUUACUAG